CUGCAAAUUCUGUCAGUAGCCCCGUGGAAUUCUAAAGAGAUGGUUGCCUGGCAACCAAUAUAAACAGCUUUGGAACCUAAGAAACCAAGAAAGUUUUAAGAUGCAGAACCUUGCUUCCCCUUGAAGACUGGGCUGAGGGAGGCCACCCUGAAGGAUCUUGUCACGCCUCCAAGCCUGCAUCUGUACCAGGAAAGUGUGGAAGGAAGCUUUUGCUGGGAAACAAUGACUAGAACCCAACAGGGAAAGACCUUUCUUUCCCCCCAUUUCCAUCAGUCACUGCCCCCACGGCUGGGAUGGGGCAUGAAUUUUUGCCACUCAAAACCAGGACAUGAAGAGUGUGCUUCCUUGUCCAGCGUGCCUCCGGUCUUCCACUUUAGCCCACAUCGGUGCACAUACCUCAAGAACCAAUAUUUGAAAAAGGCCGCUACAAACCUUACCUUUUCUCAGGAGGUGGUAUGGCAGCGAGGGCUCCCCAGCACCCCUUAUAGCCAGUACAACUUCGACCAUCUCUACAAGGCAGGCCACAUCAUCCAGCCUCCCCCGAUCAGCAGGGACUGGUAUGUGAAACCCACUGGCUUCAAGUCCUCACGUUCUUCGGGUCCGUCGGCAAGGGUCACCUCCCAGGCUGUGAAGACAGAAAGGUCUGCCAACCUUAAGAAGCAGCCGAAGGAAUCCAAGCCAGCAAAUGUGGGCUGGGAAAAAUCUCGCCCUCUCAUCCCUCAUCCCUUCAGGGAUCCAGACAUACCAGGCCCAUCACUUUCUCUGGACAUGAACCUGGAGGAGAGGGAACCCUGGCUGCCCCCUCCCGAGAAGGAGGCCAGAGCCUGGGAAGCCAUUGUGCUGGAAAAGCUGAGCAAGCGCACCACCCGAUGGAUCCAGAGCAGACGUCCCCUGAGGCCUGGGGCAUCCCCCAGCAAGUGGCAGAGCUUUUUGCACCAGCAAUAUGACUGGAGCCACAUCCGGGAUGAGCUUACUUCCUCCAGCGACCUGGAGCUACUGAAACAGCUGGAGAAAGAAGAAAUAGCAGAAUUUGAAGAUGAAGGUGUUAUCCUGCCCACCUCAGAGCCAGAGAAGCCAGAGCUGCUGCUUUCUGUUUAUUAUAGAUUGCCCAAUUACUUGCCACAAGUGCAGACAGCUGGAACUGUCCCUGGCAUCAAUGAGACUGUUGAGGAUAUCAAAAGGAAGAAGAACAUCUCUCAGCCCCCAAAGGAGAGCCGCUUCCGGCAGGUGAAUCCUCGAGCUGGGAAGUUUGCUUACUCCACAGACAACACCUUCGAACAGGAGAUCUACUUUGAUCAAGUCCGGAUCAUCCACCAGAUUGGUGGGAAGAGAGACCACAUUUUCUUGGAAAACCUCAACUGCUACAAGAAGCAGCUGUCUAAAGUCUUCCCUGAAAUCCCAGAAAGGUGGACUUCCCAGCCAGUUCCUGAACCACUCUGCAGGCCUGUGAAAGGAGCCCUGCGCUGGACAGCUUUGCCCACUCCAGUCAAAGAUCCGCUGCUCCAGAUGGGCGAGGAGGACGUUCCCAUUAUGACCAGGAAACUGAGGAAGCAGAAAGAAUCACUCAAGGAGGAUGUGACUUGGGAAGUGGCGGUCCUGCGGAGGAUGCUGCAGGAAUGGAAGACUGCCUGGGCUCUGAUCAUCGAGUGGCACCAUGCGACAGUAGAGGGCCUACUGCGGGGCUUGCUGGACGUGCAUGACGACACUCGGAUCCAAGCCAUCAUCACAUGUGCCACAGCUGCUUUAGAACGGCCCCGGAUUGCCACCAGCCGGGGGGACUCGAACAAGGAGACUGGGAAAGCCCCAUCUGUCCAGGUCUUGCCAGAGGUUCUACAGCCCGCCCUGGAGGCUGCUCUUGGGGACCAAAAUGCCAACGUGCGGAUGGCAGCGGCACUAUGCCAAUAUGCCACACAGUCACAUAAUCCCCUUGCCCGGGACGUCAUGCACAGUGUCCUGUCAAAGGGUAACAGUGUGGACAGCUGGGCUGCAGCUCAGUGCUUGGCUCUGGAAGGUGAUGUCACAUACCCCGUGAUUAAGAGGAUCUUCCAGCAGCUGUUUACUAAGAAGAAUGACGACACAGAGCACCAGUGUUGUAUGCUCCUGAGCCAUCUCAUUGAAAAGACAACCCUGAUACACACCAUGCUCGCUGUGGAGCUGAACAGUUACCAGUGGAGGGACCGGAUCAUAGCCUGCCGGGUUCUCUCACAGAUCGGUGGGAACAUCAGUCUGGAUAUGAAAUAUAAGUUGAUCCAGAUGAUGCUGAGUGACUGGAAUAAGGAAGUAAGACGUGCAGCAGCCCAAGCUGUGGGGCGAAUGAAAUUUGGGAAAGAGGUGUACAACACCAUUAGAGUCAAGCUGAGUCAAGGAAAUUUCCAGGAGCGUGUGGAAGCUCUCUCCCUGAUUGGUGGGCUCCAGCUCAUGACUGCCAGGCUUCUCCCAAGCUUCCUGAACUGCUUCUCCGACAACUUCAUGGCAGUUCGGCGGGCAGCCUGUUUGGCAGCAGGCGCCCUGCAGAUCCGAGAUAAGAUGGUCCUCGACUGCCUUUUGAAUCUGGUACAGAGGGAUCCUUACUGGAAAAUCAAGGCAUUUGCCAUUCAAGCUUUGGGUCACAUUGGCCAAGUGAGUCCCCAGCUGACAGACCUCCUGCUCUGGGCCAUCCAUUAUGAAGAGUCACCAGGUGUACGACUAGAAGCUUGCCGUAGCAUCCUAGCCCUCGAUCUUCAAGGGGACCGGGUCAGGGACACGUUCCUAGAUGUGCUGCUCCUAGAGAACCAUGAGGCUGUUCUAAAGGAAAUUCAUCAGGCAAUGAAGAUACUCAACUUAGAAAAUGUAGGAAACCAAGAAAUGCUUCAGAAGAUCAGGAACAGGAUUCAAACACUAAGCCAAAAGGAUUUGCUGACCCAGAAAAUAUUCAAGAUGGAGAGGGUCAUAGGAAAAAUGAAGGAAGAAACAAAACGUGUUUACUUGCAACCCAAGGAGGGGCAAAAACCACUCAAACUCCAUACUUUUCUACAAGAAACUUUUCACGGUGAAGUGUUGAUUCCUAGAAAACCGUCUGAAAUUUGUGACAUUAAAGCAGUCUUAAAGCCUGUGAGGCCCCACACACCAAAUCCAUGGUCACAGAGUCCAGUCCUGGACCUACACACAAGAAGCAGAAGUCAGUCAUCACCGCUGAGAGAUCUGCGCACUGCCCGGGAAAAAAGGAUUAUGAUGGGACCAUUUGGAUCUGACCCCUCAGAUGUCUAGCUGGGUAAAUACUCAAGAGAGAAAUUUUUUCCAGGGUUAUGUUCUCGUUCCCUGGGAGGAAAGUUGUUUAUUUCUAGGAUGAGCCCUUCUCUUGCUCCAAGACAGACAGCAGUAGACCUAGUCACAUUCUGUUUUUUAAAUCGAUGCUGUA